AUGUUGCGCGAUUACUUGGUUAAAGCAGCAAAUAUGUUCUACGGACUUUCAUACCAACAAAUACGCUCACUUGCUUUUCAAUUCGCAUGCAAAUUGAAAGAAAUUGGAGCCAUCAAAAAAGUACCUGACACCUGGUUCGCGAAUAAUUCUGACUUAGAACCAACAGCUAGCAGAGAUUGGCUACAUGGAUUUAUGAAACGCCACUCUGAUUUAAGUUUGCGCCGCCCAGUGCAAACUUCAAUUGGUCGUGCUGCAGCCUUCAAUAAACCAGUCGUAAACGCUUUUUUUGACAUUUACGAAAGGGUGCGCGAAUCACACCAGUAUAGUGCUGCCGAUGUAUGGAAUAUGGAUGAGACGGGUCUGUCCACUGUCCACAAAACCAAAUUUGUUGUGGCGUCUAAAGGUACCAGAUGUGUCGGCGCAAUAAGUUCUGGUGAACGCGGUACGAAUGUGACGAUGACACUCGCGGUGUCAGCUGCAGGUAAUCGAAUCCCGCCUUUCUUCAUUUAUCCACGGGCAAAAUUCCAGGACAAGUUUUUACUGCACGGCACUGCGAAUGCAAGAGGAGUAGCAAACGGCUCGGGAUGGCAGACCAACCACACGUUUUUGGAAUGGCUGAAGCACUUCAAAAAUUAUGCGAUCCGAUCCAGUACUGAAAAAACUUUGCUCAUCAUGGAUAACCACGAAUCUCACAUGACAAUUGCUGGAUUAGACUUUUGUAAGAAUAAUAAUAUUGAAGUAUUAACUCUACCUCCGCACACCAGCCAUCGUUUGCAGCCUCUCGAUAGAGGAGUAUUUGGGCCGCUCAAAACUUAUUUUGACCAUUCCUGCAAGGCGUGGAUGUUAAAUCAUUCCGGCAUUCCUUUAACCAUCGACCGAAUAGCUGAACUGGUAGCUGAACCCUUGUUGAAAGGUGCUUCCAGCAUGAAUAUCAUCGCUGGAUUCAGAUCAACUGGCAUUUGGCCAUUUAAUCGCGACAUUUUUUCGGAAGAUGAUUUCACGCCAGCAUUCGUAACUGAUCGUCCGUACGAGGACGAACCAGAUCAAGAGGCGGGUCCAUCGAUUGCUCAUCAAGAGACUGGUCCAUCGAAUGCCCAUGACGAGCCUGUUUUAUCGAAUGCCGAUCAAGAGCCAGAUCGAUCGAAUCUCGACCUAUUAAUUCCAAUUGAGGACAUUCGGCCGUUUCCUAAAGCUCCACUGCGUAAACCAUCAAAUCGAGGCCGGAAGCGACGUAAAGCUGCUCUUCUCACAGAUGCAGUGAUGCUAGAGUCAUUACGCGCUGAGCAAGCAGCUGCAGCUCAGAAGAAAUCGGACGCGGAACUUAGGUCGGCGCAAGUGCUCGCCAAGUAG